GGUCGCCCGGACGCACGCCCGGUCGCCGCCGGUCCAAGUCCAAGUGCGCGCAGGCGCGCCUCAGCGCCAAGGCCGCCCUCAUGAAGAAGUUCUCGAGCAGCGCGUCGGCCUGGGUGUCCAGCCGGCCGAACAGCACGUCGACGCCCAUCGUGCCCAACAACAACAACAACAACUACGCCAAGGACGUGGACGUGAUGGCGUCGACGCCGACGUCCCGGACCGCGGCCGCCGAGCCGGCGCCGAGCCUGCCGCAGUCCUUCAGCGUCAAGUGCCUGGGGUGGCGCGAGUCGCGGGGCCUGUGGGGCGUCAAGCACACCCGCGCCCCCGUGGACGCCAUGGUGGCGUCGGCGCGCGCGCUGCCCGCCGGCCAGAGCCUGCCGCGCGCCACCCUGCACGUGUCCGCCGAGGGCGUGAGCGUGGACGGCGACGUGCAGAGCACCAUGCUCCCCAUCGACUGCAUCUCGUACGGCGUGCAGGACCUGGUGUACACGCGCGUCUUCUGCUGCGUGCUGGUGUCGCGGUCCGACGCGCCCGGCCCGCCCUUCCGAUGCCACGCCUUCGUGUGCGAGUCCCGGGCGGCGGCGCGCGGCCUCACGUACGCCCUGGCCGCCGCCUUCCAGGAGUACAGCCGCGCCGUCAAGCUCAAGCAGGCCGCGCCCGCGCCGCGCGUCGUGGACCUGCGCACGCCCGAGGACAUCGCCGCCGAGAUGCUGUCGCACUGCCAGGACUCGGAGGCGUAGCCGCGUAGCCGGGCGUAGCUCGCAGCCCGCGACCCCUUACGCCUCUGCAGAGUCAGUCUCACCAGAAAUGGCGGGGUGCUUCGUCUCUGUUGUGACGGACUGUGACACGCCUUCGAAGUGACCACACCAUGCAUUUUCCGCGACGUGACAAUGCGGACUCGUGUAGGAAUGUCUCAAGCCUUCCCACUCUUUCGUUUUCAUUUCUAUCAGUUGAUCGCAUGGCGCAGCUGAGUGGACUGUGAUCCUAUAUUAUAUGUGUUAUUCUUUGUGCAGUGUGUCCCAAAAGCCUACUUGGCAAUUCCGAGGUCGUCGAACCGCGUCGGGUAGGCUGAGAUUUUAAAAGGUUUUUAUUCAUCAGAAGUUACAAACAUUUGCACAGAAUAUCUUAGCAUAGUAGGAGUGUAAAAAUGUUUGUAACUUCUGAUGAAUAAAAACCUUUUAAAAUCUCAGCCUACCCGACGCGGUUCGACAACCUCGGAAACCCGGAAAACCUGGAGAUGGCGCCGUAGGGAUAGGCAACCCAACGCUCGAGGUUGGUGUUCGUUGGGUUGCCUACUCCUCGGGCGCGCAUGCCGCCGAUGCUUCGUUCAACUCCUUCGGUUCGUUUAGAUGUUUGGGGCACAUUGUGCGUAUAUUUGUACAGAACUUUCGAAAUAAUUCAACUCUCCAUUGAGGGAGAAGGACCUUGUGUUUGUGUGAGUGUAUGAAUUAAUGUGCGUGUGUGUUUAAGUUGACUGGUUUUUUAAGUGCAACACUUGAGAACCAUUUACUUUCUUUUGGUGCUUGUGUGCUUCUGCAACAUUCCAGUAGUGUUCAAUGUGCUCAGGAAUGUAAAAUUAUUGCAUCAACUGAGUUUCUAUCAAGGGAUAACGACACAAGCAGGAGACAGUCGGUAAAAUUUACACCAUACUUUAUUUCUAUGCCAUUAAAUGAGGGAAAACACAUUUCAGGUUGUUUGUCUUAUCUCUUUUUUAGAUUUAAAUUUGGUAUAUUAUUCUUCCUGUUGACUCUGAAUCCAGCUCUGUUGCACUAUAAAAAAUGAAUGUUCCUUGGUGGUGAAAGAGAAAAUACACAAAUAUUUUGAACAAUA